AUGUCUUUCAACGCGGAGCCGGUCCUGAAUCAGCUGGGCGAGCCGGAAGGCAACCUUCUGCCCAAGUUGAAGCUCGCGAUUCAGGCCAAGAUCCGGGAAAAAGAGGCAGCGCGGGCCGUCGUCGAUUUUUUCCGUCUCCGGCUUCGAAAUCGGCUCGAGGCGAUGGGCGACCGUCCAUUCCGCCUCAUUUUGGACGUUUUGGAGCGGGAAUUGGCUCGCGCCGAGCAAGAUUUGUCAAGAAGAGAGACAGAGCUUCGGGACAUGCAAAUAAUGGAGCAGGUUAUGGAACAAAUGAACAGAGUGCACAUUUAA